AUGGGUCCUGCUAGAGUUCAGAGUUUGGGUGGAAAGCAAUACAUUCUAGUGGUUGUGGAUGACUUUACCAGAUAUACUUGGGUUGUGCUCUUGAAAGAUAAAGCUGAGGCUCCUGAGAAGAUGAUACAUCUGUGUGAGAAAUUGCAGGUUGAAAAAGAUAUAGUGGUAGCCAGAAUCAGAAGUGACCAUGGAAGAGAAUUUGAGAAUACCAAGCUAGCUACUUUCUGCAAUGAACAGGGCACACAUCAAGAAUUUUCAUCAUCCAAGACACCGCAACAAAAUGGAAUAGUUGAACGAAAAAAUAGGGUCGUUCAAGAGAUGGUACGUGUGAUGUUGCACAAUAAAAAAUUGCCAAAAUCUUUCUGGGGAGAAGCAGUUAACACUGCUUGCCAUACACUAAACCGGGUGUAUUUCAGACCUAACUCCAAGAAGACUCCUUAUGAACUCUGGAGAGGAAAGAAGCCAGUUGUCAAGUAUUUCAGGAUUUUUGAUAGUGAUUGUUACAUUCUACGUGAUAGAGAGCACCUAGAGAAAUUUGAUGCUAAGAGUGACAAAGGAUAUUUUCUAGGGUACUCCUCUACUAGUAGGGCAUAUAGGGUGUACAAUCUGAGAACCAAAACUGUCAUGGAAUCUUCAAAUGUUGUGAUCAAUGAUGAAGUAUGUCCAGAAGCACAUCCAGAAAGUACUACUCAGGUUCAAGAUAAACCAAUGGAGGUUAAUGACUCUCUCCCUGAUGAUUAUAUUGUGAAACAUAGUGAUGAGGAGCUAAUGGUGUUGAAUGAUGCAAUAUCUGUGCCAUCAAGUUCUAAACCAUCCACUCCAGUUCAUGAGACUCAACAGGUUCAACAUGAGUUUAGUCCUUCAUCAGAACAGAGAGAUGUCAAAAGUGCUUUCUUGAAUGGAAUGCUGCAAGAAGAAGUUUAUGUUGAACAACCUAAAGGAUUUCUUGACCCUCACAGACCGGAUGAUGUGUACAAAUUGAAGAGAGCACUGUAUGGUUUGAAACAAGCUUCACGGGCUUGGUAUGAUAGAUUGACUGCAUAUCUUACUGAGCACGGCUUCAAAAGGGGAUUUGCAGACACUACUCUCUUCAUAAGAAAGGAUAAGAACAGUUUUGUUGUAGCUCAAAUUUAUGUAGAUGAUAUUGUUUUUGGUGCUACUAAUAACUCUCUUGCUUAUUCUUUUGCAGAUGAAAUGAAGGCAAUGUUUGAAAUGAGCAUGGUUGGUGAACUAACAUAUUUCUUGGGAUUACAGGUGAAGCAAACGGAUUCAGGGAUCUACAUCAACCAAGCCAAAUACGCAAAGAAUCUUGUCAAGAGAUUUGGACUGGACCAUGCUGCCCAUGCUAGAACACCAAUGGCCGCCAAUGCAAAACUAACAAAUGAUCCAUCAGGUGAGUCUGUUGAUGUUACACUAUAUAGAAGCAUGAUUAGAUGUUUGUUAUAUUUGACUGCUAGUCGGCCUGAUAUUGCAUUUAGUGUUGAGUCUAAUCUGUCUCUUGCUGGUUUUUCUAAUUCUGAUUGGGCUAGUAAUGCUGAUGAUAGAAAAAGCACCACUGGUGGAUGUUUUUAUAUUGGUACUAACCUUGUUGCCUGA